AUGUCCAACAUCAGGUGGAUGCAUAGGAAAGGGAAGAACUCCGAAAAGCGAGUGAUAUCUUUGAAUGAAAUUAAAGAGAGAUAUCUGAAUGAUGCUGCAAAAAAAAGUAAGUAUGAAAGUAAUACACAAAGUUGUUAUGAUGAUACAUACACAAGUUUAAGAAAAAAGACAGGAAAAAAAAAAUUUAUAACAUUUUACAAUAAGAAAGUAGCAGAAAUUAAGCCGCAAAAUGGACUAUGUGAAAACAACAUAAGGACCAAUUUUUGUAUAAAAAAAGCAAAUGGAAAAAUAAAUUUAGAAACGAAAAAUUAUUGCUGUUCAGGCGAAAAAGGAACGACCAAAGGGGCUUGUUCAAAACAUUUUGGAAAAGUAACAGAACAAUAUGUUCGUCACAGAGGGUGCAAGAGCUGCUUCACUCGAGGCUCUUCUCUCAAUGAGAAUAUUACCAAGGGUAGAGAAAUGAACAAGAGAGAAAAAAUCAGAUUACAGGAGGGAGAUGAAAAUCCACUGCAGCAGCAGGAGGAGAGGCAGGAGGAGGAUAUACCCACGUCGUUGCAGAGACGGCAGCGCAUGAACAUGAACCUCGAUUUCAACAUUCAGUGGAGUAAACAAAAUGAAAACACAAAAUGGGAUAAGACUAAGAAGGAUGAUAUUAAAACCUUUUAUGAAGUUAACCCUACUUGGCCUUAUUUCCAAGAUGACAAUCAAAGGAGGUUUAUUCAAACGUCUAUUAAUGAAAAAAACUACCGAGAAAAUAACCGCUUCAGUGAUUUCCCAGCCAUUUAUGUAAAGAAAUGUGUUACCCAGCGGAGGAUUCCAUGCAUUUACAACAAGGUAGAUGAUGAAAGGAAUUUCCGUUAUGGUGACCCAAGGGAAGAUUAUCAUCAUCAUCACCACCACCAAGAAGAAGAACAGCAAAGUGGUGGUGAUACUGCUACUGCUGCUACUGCUGCUACUGCUGCUACUGCUGCUACUGCUGCUACUGCUGCUACUGCUGCUACUAUUGCUACUGUUGCUACUGUUGUUACUUCUGCUUUACCCAAGCUGAAGAACACAAAUGAGGAAACAAAUCAUUUUGUAGAAAAUCAUACUAAUCGUGAAAAAAGUAAAACUUCCCCCUAUGACAUUCCCUGCCACCUCUAUGAUGAUAAUCACACAGGAGAGAACUUCCAGCAUGAAUCUGAAACUGCUAUUUUCCAAUGUGGUUAUGACAAAAGUGAGAAUUCUAAACAAGAGAAUAAUAUAAUAAAUAACGAGUAUAAUACAUGUAAAGAUAUAAAUAAAAAAGAAGGAUAUAAAAAUAUCAAGGAAUGGAAUUGUGUAGAUCCACAAAGGAUAGUUUUAGACACAGAACAGAAAAUAUAUUUUCACAGAUUGAAUCGAAAUGGUUCGUGCAAUGGUAAAGAGAGAAAAAUGUUAAAGAUUUUCAAAGAAUAUAAGGAGCGUCCUCAUAGUGCCAGCAAUAAUAGUAGCCAUAUGGAUGUCCAUGGAUGGUGUAUCCAAGAUAAAUUUGAAAAAGGGAGAAAUAACCUUCGAUCAUUUGAAUGUAUCUCUAAUAGUGAUUAUACUAGAACAACUUAUGAUGACAGUAGUAAUGAAAAUUUUCUCAAAAGAACAAAUGCACAAAAGGAAUAUCAAAAGUUUCAUAAAAUAAUAAAGAAAAAUGUUAUAUUAUCAGUAAACACAUUCAAUAACAUUUUUAGAAAACAAAUCUGUUAUUAUUUAUCCCUUUUGAAAAAAUAUCCCAAGGUCAAAAAUUCUCGUCCUGUGUAUAAAGAAUAUGCAAAAAUUGUAUACAAAGAAAAAAAACAAUUUAAAGAUGAGAAAAGCAAUUUACUUUCAGCAAUGGAAAGAAAUAAUAAAUAUCAAACAAUUGCAUCGAAGGAGAACAUUAAUCCUACAUCAUCUUCGCAAAAUAUCUUGAAGGGCUCCCAGUACACUGAAAAUUGGGAUACCAAAUAUAAUGCCUUAACAAGAGCACAUGCUGAAUGUAAACAUUUCCGAAUUUUGAAAAAGAACGAUGAGAAUGAAAUAAACACACAAACGGGCAAUCGUGGGGGCAAUAAAAGGGGCAACCAAAUGGGCAACCAAACGGGCAAUGAAAUAAAUACACAAACGAACAAUCAAACGAAUGUAUCAUUACGCGGAAAUAUAGACUGUAACAAAGAUAUGACCCAUUCAAAAGAAAAAAACUUGCAACAUAAUUCAAAAAUUCUUAAAAAAAAAUUUCAACAGAAAGUGCUAACAAACACUUUAAUUGAUAACUUCGUUGAUGUAGACAUAAAUGACCACAGGAGGAAGAAAACAUGCUUGAAGUUUUUUACCAUUCUGCUGUGUCUAUUUUUGAAGAAGCAUAUGCUUAGACAUUUGUGUAGAUUCUUUUCCCUGAUCGGGUCCUUGAGGCAGCGGCAGGAGGAAAAAAGAGCCAUAAAAAAAUUUAUUAACACGAGAAUUUAUGCCCUAUGUAUACUUGAAGGCGCAUUAGAACGAAACGCAAAAAAAAAAGCACUGACUCGUGUAUCCCUUGUAAAAAAUGCAAAGGUGAAAUGUAAAUUGGAGAAAAAAGAACAUGAAGGAUUUAGCCUUCAUCUGAUGAAUUAUGGCAGCAUCUCAGGUGACAUUAUGAAAGAGUGGAAUAGUACUAAGCGUAUUCCAAAUGGUGCACAAAAUGGUGCACAAAAUGAUGCAAAAAAUGGUGCAAAAAAUGGUGCAAAAAAUGGUGCAAAAAAUGGUGCAAAAAAUGAUGCAAAAAAUGGUGCAAAAAAUGACCGACAGCAACUCCAGAUAAGCGAAAGAAAGCAAAAGUAUGCAUCUAGAAGAAGCCAUGAAAACCCAUGUUUUGGCAAACCUAAAAUAUUCCGGACAGAUGACUUUGCUAUGUUUUUCAAUAAAAAAAUACUAAAAGAAAAAGAUGAAAUAUUUCAAAAAUGUCUUUUAAGAUCUAAAUCUGAUGCAUUGCUAGAUUUUUUAAAAAUGUCAAAAAUGAAGUACUUUUCCAAGAAACCUAGUUCUACUAGUACUAUUCAUAAUUUUCCUGAAAAUGUUUAUUAUAAUGAGGAUGUGAGAAGUUCUACCUUACUUGACAGAUUUUUCACUGCUACACAUAUCCCACAUAUUCAAAAUGGGCUUAAAAAUGAUACAUAUAAAAAUAAAAUUAAUUUCUCUUUUUAUGAACACGCCAUUGAUAAUUCUACAGUGAUACCUAGUUCAGUAAAAUACAAACAUAGUCAUAACAAGAGUGAAACUUAUAUGCAUUUCAAAAGGGAAUGUUACGAAUCUGGGAACUUUAAGCAAAACAUGAACUCAAGCGACCAUACUCCUGCUAAGUUUAAUGAUUAUUUUACUAAUUUAUCUGAAGUAAAUGUAAAAAUGUCACAAAUUUCAGACGUUAUGAACAAGUUAGGUUGUCUGAUUGGAGAUUCAAACUUCUUAACAGAUGUGACUGUGGAUGCUACCAAAAUGGGUGACUCUAGUGAUGAAGAUGUGAAUGACAAACGGUGCAGAUUAUUUUUUAAGGAGUUUAAGCAGAUAACUAUGAACUGCAGGAAAAAUGAGACAAAUAAGGACGAACAUGAGCACGAUCCUCUAAACCCACCGGGGGAACAUAAUAAGCAAAACGGGUUGAGUCUAAGUGACCUAAACAAUAGUGUGGAUUUAUCAAAAAAACGUCAACCCCGUGCACGUGGGUGA